UUCUUCACUGACGGCACAUAUGCACCCACGUGGCCACAUCCCAUGCGCCAGUGUUGCGCAGCAGGUAAUUCGCCCCCUUCUCUCUCCAGUCUCCAUCUCCCUUCGUCCUUUCCACUGGCCUCGCUCGCUGGCUCGCGCUUCCCUUGAGCUGUAGUCGAGGGCUCCGACUGUCGACUCGUCUAGGGCUUAUUUUGAUUUUUGAUCUGUUUUCCACUGCGAUUACUGUAUUAGCACCAUUUUUCUAGACCAAACUUUCAAUAUCUAUGGAGAAAUCCUUGUUCUUGCCGUGUUGCUACUCAAUUUCCGACAGCGGAAUCCCUCCAAGAUGGUUUUUUGUGCGGAAAAGCCCAAACUUUCUUAUCAAUUAACUGCUAGAGUACCCAAGGAGAGGCCUUACGUGGUGUAAAUCUGUGAUCCUUGCUUUCCUGGUUCUAAAUUCCUGCCUAGGAUUCCCAUGGAUGGUUCUCUCCCCUCGUCCGGCCCGGAUCCUGCGCCGCCUGCUGCGCCGAAGGUCCCAGACAAGGGAAAGAGGGACGAGUGGAGCGAGGGCGGCGUUCUCUGCUUGUUGGAGGUUUACGAGUCCAAGUGGGUACUGCGAAAUCGGGCGAAGCUGAAGGGGAGUGACUGGGAGGAGAUCGCGCGCCUGGUGUCUAUGCGGUGUUCGGGGACUAAGGCGCUCAAGACCCCGACCCAGUGCAAGAACAAGAUCGAGGCUUUGAAGAAGCGCUACCGUUCUGAGUCCACCCUCACCCAUGAUCCCACCUCCACCUCCUCGUGGCAGUUUUACUCUCGCAUGGAUGAUCUGCUAAAGGGCUCCGUGAAUUGCUUAGUCAAUCCUAAAUCCAACCAUGGCAUCGAUCUCCAGGCUCUGCCGAAGGCAGAAACGGAUGUCGAAGUAGACGACCACUUGCACGAUAGCAAUCACGACGAUGGCUCUAAUACAAUGCCAAUCGAUGUUAAUACUAAUGCUGAUAAGAUUGAUGACAAGAGGAUGGAUAACAGGGGCGUCUAUGGUAAUCUGAGCACACCGAGGAUCAAGGAGGCCACUGCUGAUAUGGUCGGUGGUAGUGACCCUGGUAGUUCGUCCAAGAAGAGAAAAGUCACAGUUAGUGAGGUGGCAGAGAGCAUCAGGUUAUUGGCACAGUCCAUACUGCAGAUUGAGCAGGCGAGGAUGGAGAUGUACAAGGAUUCUGAGAGGAUGAGAGCAGAGACAGAGAUUAAAAGAGGUGAGAUGGAGCUUAAAAGGACUGAGAUUAUAGCAAAUACACAGCUGCAGAUUGCUAAGCUCUUCAUGAGGAGAAUGCACAAAGGAAGUAGUAAGAAACAAAAUCCAUCCUAAAGUAGUGCACUGCAUCUGUCACGGAGGGACGAACAGGUAGAUUAGCUGCAAUAAUUUAGGUCUGCAUUCCCAAUGGAGUUAUUCUGUACAAAAAAAAGAAAAGAAAAAUAAAUUCUCUUGAACUUUAGAUGCAUGUAUGAUUCAGUGUGGACUAGGGAGAAAAUGUUAAUAAAUCAGGAAUCUGAGAUUGAAGAGCAAUUGUCUGCCCGCAAGAGGGAACAGGUGCAAUGGCUAUCAACUGAUUGGUAACCCCUUCAUUGAUGAGAAAUUAAGCUAAACCGAUGCUUAGGAUUCAUGACAUUCUCAGAUAAGAUGUAUCUCCUAGAUUGGCAUUUUAGAAGACUAAAAUGCAAUUAACAUUCAGCAUUUGACGUCCCACCAAAUCUGCAUCCUCGUUGGUGGGAAGCUUCUUGUUCAACUGUCUUUCACUCAGCAAAGGAAGCAAAUUUGUCUUAAUUUCUUGAAAUUGUUUGUUUCUAGCAUAAUAUGCUCCAGUGCUUGCUCUACAGAAGCAUUGUGUAAUUCAGUGGGCUAAUUCUGGUGCUAUAUAAUUAGUGGGUGUUCGGAUUUUGAUUCAUAAUGAAAGGAAACUAUCAUCUCUAA